CGCCCAGGAUGCCCAGCGGGGACUCGGAGAAAGUGCGCUACUGCGCGCGCUUGUCCUACCUCUGGCUCAAGUUCUCGCUCAUCAUCUACUCCACAGUGUUCUGGCUGAUCGGGGCCCUGGUCCUGUCUGUGGGGAUCUACGCAGAAGUCGAGCGACAGAAAUACAAAACCCUUGAGAGUGCCUUUCUAGCCCCGGCCAUCAUCCUCAUCCUCCUGGGGGUUGUCAUGUUCAUCGUCUCCUUCAUUGGUGUGCUGGCUUCCCUCCGAGACAACCUGUGCCUUCUGCAGUCGUUCAUGUAUAUUCUUGGGAUCUGCCUCAUCAUUGAGCUCACUGGUGGUGUGGUGGCCUUGAUCUUCCGGAACCAGACCAUUGACUUUCUGAAUGACAACAUUCGAAGGGGAAUCGAGAACUACUAUGAUGACCUGGACUUCAAAAACAUCAUGGACUUUGUUCAGAAGCAGUUUAAGUGCUGUGGUGCGGAAGACUACCGCGACUGGACCAAAAACCAGUACCAUGACUGCAAUGCCCCCGGGCCUCUGGCCUGUGGGGUGCCCUAUACCUGCUGCUUCAGAAACACGACAGAAGUCGUCAAUACGAUGUGUGGCUACAAAACUGUGGACAAGGAGCGCCUCAGCGUACAGAACAUCAUCUAUGUGCGGGGCUGCACCAACGCCGUGCUCAUCUGGCUCAUGGACAACUACGCUAUCAUGGCGGGUAUCCUUCUGGGCAUCCUGCUCCCUCAGUUCCUGGGGGUGCUGCUGACGCUCCUGUACAUCACCCGGGUGGAGGACGCCAUCCAGGAAUGCUCUGCCACCGACGGGCUCCUGGGACCCGGCGCCAGUCCCGGCGUGGAGGCAGCCAGCGCCGGGUGCUGCAUGUGCUACCCCAACUAGCGCCUCCCUGGACCUCCGCAGGGACAGCGGCUCGCGCAGAAUCGCGCCACGGCCGCACCUCUCGGUCCCGAUGAGGACUGGACAGGACUGUGGCCCUCUCCCCACACUGACCAAAGUCCAGCGGUGUUUUCCGGGUGCCUGGGCUGCUUGUGGGGCCCACCCGCGGCCACAGCGUCGCCAGGGGGCGGGGCCUGCGUCCCCUCUCCCAGAACCUCAGCUGCCCCACCGGAUUCCGCCCCAGGAACGUCACCUCCCUUCCUACUGGGGAGGGGAACGAAAAGGGGCUUGGGAACAGGGAGCUCAGGGUUAUGCUCAGGGCUAAUUUCCGGCAGUGCCUUGCCCGGGCGCGGGUAUUUAUGCCCCGUUAAGGGCAGUUGCCUAGUGAUUUGUAAACAGGGAGAGAGAAGAGUGUGUGUAACCCGCUGCGGAAGGAGGGGGCUCAGCUCGGGGGCCACCAGCCCCUUGGCCGCGCCCAGGGGUGGAUUAUCCAAUAGGCAAGGUAAGCACGGUGCUUGCCUUGCUUACCAGAUCAUCUGUAGUGAUACCGUUCACUACAGAUUA